AUGCUUCUUCUGUUGUUGAAUGUGUUGGGGUUCGGAGCGAUGCUUCUUUCGACCCUCUUCCUUACAAAAGGGUCCAAACGUCUUAAUGUGAUUGGAUGGAUUUCUCUCGUUUUCAACAUAAGCGUAUUCGCUGCUCCUCUCUGCAUUAUCAGACGUGUGAUAAAGACGAAAAGUGUGGAAUUCAUGCCUUUAAGUUUGUCCUUUUUUUUGACUGUAAAUGCUGUCAUGUGGUUCUUCUAUGGCCUUCUCCUCAACGACUACUACAUCGCUCUCCCAAAUACGUUAGGUUUUCUAUUCGGCAUAAUUCAGAUGGUGAUGUAUUUGAUUUAUAGAAACGCCAAGCCAGAUGAGCCAAUGAAAUUGCAGGAACUGAAUGGUGAUGAGAUUAUUAACGUUGAGAAGAUGAGUACAAUGGUAGCCUCUGACCCGAAUCAUGUAACAAGUUGUCCUCUGACUGAGAUAGCUAUUCAGAAUCCAAAUGGAAAUGAAGGACAUGGAAAACUCAAGAACUUCGUGGAUUCCCCUUCCAAUGUGUGA